GGAUGGUUGAGCCCACCACCACCAAUAGAUUCUCUUGUCUUUGGCUCAACGAAAUUUUCUUGUUUCUCAAUUCUCACGCUCCCUGUCUCUCUCCAUUGUUUCCCAUAUUGCCAUCUCUCUUUGAGGAUUGAGCGAACCAACAAAACUCUGUUCUUUUUUUCCAAAACUCAAAAAAAAAGAAAAAAGGAAGAUGACUAUUUCUCCUCUCAUCUCUGCUGCUCAGGCAGCCCUGACUAGCUUGAUUCCACUAGCAACUGAACAAAUCAAAGGGGCAGUGUUUAAUUUCCAAGAUGAUCUCACGUCUCUCCACAGAAGGUUAACCAUGAUUCAAGCUCUCUUGAGCGACGCUGAAAAUAGCCCAAGAAAGAUAAAAUCAGAAGUUCUGAAGCUGUGGCUGAAGAAUCUCAAGCUGGCAAUUUGUGAUGCCGAGAACGUGCUGGAUGAGAUUGCUUAUGAAACUCUUCGAGGCAAGUUGGAGGUACGAAAGAGGGACAAGGUAAGCAGCUUCUUUUCACACUCAAAUCCCUUGGCAUUUCGUCCAAAGAUUGCUAACAAGGUCAAGAGCAUCAAUUUAUUACUAGACAGAAUCUGCAAAGAGGCAAAUGAAAUUGGCCUUGCUCCAGCAAAUCAGCUCAUAAAUGCUAGUGGUGUCAUUCAACCUACUGAAUUCUCUAGGCUGACUCACCCCUUUAUAGGUGAUUCAUCAGUUGUGGGAAGGAAUGGUGAUGUCUCUAUGGUGAGAGACAUGUUACUUGGCUCCGGUGUAGAAGAUGAUUUACCUGUGGUUGCCAUUGUCGGAAUGGCUGGGCUUGGAAAGACAACCCUUGCUCAGCUUAUUUACAAGGACGACAAGGUUGUGAAUUGUUUUGGUGAUCGGAGAAUGUGGAUUUGUGUGUCUGAUAAUUUUGAUGUUCAAAGGCUGCUUAAUGAGAUGAUGCAGUCUCUGACUCGAGAUAAAUCAGAGACACCAACAAUUGAAGGAAUAGUGAGAAAACUUCGUGAGAGAUUAAAUGGAAAUAAAUAUCUUCUUGUACUGGACGAUGUUUGGAACACAAGUAUAAACAAAUGGGAAUGCAUGAGGAAUUGUUUGCAAGAAAUUGGUGGUUGCAAGGGAAGCAAAAUUAUAGUCACAACCCGUAGUAUGGAGGUGGUAUCAACUAUGCGAACGUCUCCAUCUCUCACUCAUCGUUUGGGUGAGCUAUCGUUUGAUGAUAGCUGGAACAUGUUUAGGAAAAGAGCUUUUGCAAAUGGAGGACCAAGAGAAAAUCGAACUUUGGUGGAUAUCGGCAGAAGAAUGGUAGCACAGUGUAAGGGUGUGCCAUUAGCAGUAAACUCUUUAGGAGGUUUAUUGUACUCUAAGCAGUAUCAAAAGGAAUGGGAGUUGAUUGAGACGACUAGAAUGUGGAAAUCACUUGCAAAUGAAGAUGGGAUUCUUUCUGUAUUGAGGCUGACUUACGAUCAUUUACCAUCCCCAUGCUUGAAACAAUGUUUUGCAUUCUGUUCAUUUUUUCCAAAGGACUUUCAAAUUCCAAAGGAUGAGCUGAUUUGGCUAUGGAUGGGUCUGGGAUAUCUUGAUCAGUCUUCUUCAGAAGGAAAUUUGGAAAUGGAAGAUGUGGGUAAUGAAUAUUUCAAUAUUUUUUUACGCAAUUCAUUGUUGCAAGAUGUCAAAUUGGAUGAGAACAAUGAUAUUAAGAGCUGCAAGAUGCAUGAUCUUGUGCAUGAUCUUGCACUAGAUGUCUCAGAGGGUAGUUGUUUGACUUUGAAGGCUACUAAGGUGAAGGACCAUUCCGAGGUUCAACAUCUAAUAUUGCAUCUUGGAGAAGGAGAAGGCUUUGAGAAUUUAAAAAACGGUACAAAUUUGAGGACACUGUCUUUAACCGGGCAUCUUCCCAAGAACUUUAAAGAUGUAAAACGUAUACGUGCCCUAACUUUGGAGAUGCCAGAUGUCAAAGAGUUGCCAAGUUCAAUGCGCAAGCUAAAACAUUUGAGGUAUUUCGACCUUUCAAGGACUUCAAUUGAAAAGCUGCCAAAUUAUAUCACUAGUUUCUACAAUUUGCAGACAUUGAGACUUCCCCCCAGGUUGGCAGAAAUUCCAAAUGAAUUCCAUAAGUUGUUUAACUUGAGACAUUUCUGUAUCAGUGUUACAGAUUAUACUAAGAAAUUGAUGCCGAAGAUGAUAGGGCAAUUGACUUCUUUGCAGACACUACCUUUCUUUGUGGUUGGCAAGGAGAAGGGCAACAAAAUUGCAGAGUUGGGAAGUUUAUGCCAGUUAAGAGGUAGAUGUCAUGUUUACGGUCUCCAGCAUGUAAAGGACAAGGAAGAAGUAGAAAAGGCUAAAAUGCAAGAGAAAUCAGGCAUUACUGAGUUGGGAUUACAUUGGGAUGGGGACUUUGGAAAAACUGACUUUUAUCAUGAGGAUGUGUUGCAAGGACUCAAACCUGAUAGGAAUGUGAAGAAUUUAUUACUCGAAAAUUUUGGUGGACAAAGACUUGCAUCAUGGAUGAGUGGAGACAUCCAGUUUCUACAAAAUUUGGUUGAUAUCGAAUUAAGGAGCUGCAGGGAAUGUGAACAAGUCCCAACACUUGGACACCUUCCGCAUCUUGAAGUUGUUUCCAUGGUUGGUUUCGAUAAUCUGACGCAUAUAGGUCCCAACUUCUACGGAUUGGAUGAAAGAAUUUUCGGUCAUGGUAGUAGUAGUACUCGGGCUGCACCAACAACAAUAGUAUUUCCGGCCCUGAGAAAACUCACUCUAUGUAAUAUGCCUCAACUAAAAGAAUGGUCAGAUAGAUCGUCAUUGCCAGUUGUUGCCACGAGUACAAUGGAGUUCUUUCCUUGUCUUGAGGAGUUAUGGAUCUCGGAUUGCCCUCAGUUGAUGACGAUUCCAGGCCAUUUGUUAUCCCUUCAAGCUUCAACUAUUGCUUGGGAGUCUGCUUUCUAUUACGCAAAAGGGUUGCGUGGCCCCCACAAGCCCUACUUGAUCUUAGAGGUACAUGCUUCAACAAAUAUUGGUCUUCUCAUGGCUGAAUUGCUUGAAAAAAGCAAAUCCCUAAGGUUUCUGGAGAUACAGAGAUUCAAGGAGCUGUGUUAUUUGCCAAACCAGCUACUGGACCUAUUGUCUCUUGAGAUGUUAGAGAUAAGCUAUUGCUCUAAUCUGGUGUAUAUAGUUGAAGAUAAAGAAGUAGCAUUCGACAGCCUAACUUCUCUUCAAUUGCUUUCGAUUAAGUGGUGUGAUAAGUUAAGAUGUUUGCCGAAAGGGCUACUACAACCAACCCUUGUAACAUUAGCGAUUUCGGAGUGUCCGAAUUUAGGAAUGGCACAUCCAGAUGAAUUGUGUGCCCUCUCAUCCCUCAAGAACCUGAGAAUAGAAGGGUGUCCAAGAUGGAAGAAUUAUUGGGAGGAGGGGCUGCUCUGCCUUACCAGCCUUAAGCAAUUGGUGAUAGGGGACUUCUCAGAGGAGCUUGAAUAUUUCCCCUGGCCCUCCUCCAGUGCUACUGCUGCUGCUGCUAACAAAGAAUUCCCCUUCAUCUCCCUAGAGUCUCUGAGUUUAGGGGGCUGGGAAAAGCUCAAGUAUCUGCCUGAUCAACUUCAGCACCUCACUACAUUGAGAGAGUUGAAAAUUUGCUCUUUCAAAGGGUUGGAAGCUCUGCCUGAGUGGUUGGGCAACCUUUCAUCACUUCAAAUUUUGCAUCUCUGGCGUUGCAGAAGCCUGACGAGUUUUCCAUCAUUGGAAACAAUUCAACGCCUCACCAAUUUGCAUACUGUGUUUCUGAAUCGUUGUCCCCUUCUAUUGGAAACAAUCAAUAAGGAAAGCAACGACCAAGAAUGGCCCAAGAUUUACCACAAUGUAUCUAUCAAGUACGAGCACUGGUCUUUUGACGUCUUUCAAUAACUGGGCACAAGAAAUCAGGUGAAGAGAAAAAAGUAACAGAAAUGAAAAUGCAAGAUAAUGUGGAAUAGAGGCUUAAGCUCUCAAAAUUGAGUCCAAGGUAGCCAACAAAUAAACUUGCAGACUUGAUGCCUUGCUUUUUUAAAUCUGGUGAGUUUAACUCUUGGGUUUGGAGGUCGAAGUUCUUGGUUGAGACUACUCUAACCUAAGUUAAGAAUAUUGAGCAGGCAUUUAGAAAUUACUUUCUAUAUAAGUUUCUUAGAAUUUCUGCCAACGCUACAGGCAGUCACAGCUCUUCUGAGAUUGUUGUAUUGAGGGUCGUAUCCACUGGUCAAUUGUGGUUCUUUCUGGACCUCGUCCCGCAAAUACACUUCACAAACCAACUCCUUUUUCCCUUUUGUUAUGGUCUCAUAAUUUUUUCCAGGUUGAAAGUAUCAUUUGUAUUAACCAUUUGAAGAAAAUGGUUAAAAAUGUAGAUAUUGAUGACAAAUGUUGAUGUAUUAUAGGACACUGAGUUGGAAUACACUGCACAACCUUGUAAUUGAUCCAUUGCGCUACUCCCUAAUUGAGUUGAAGAAAGUUGGAAAGCCUUCAGAGCUUCAGCCCCUACCUUCCUGUUCAAUUAAAAAGAAGAUUGGCAAAAGAUUGCAUAUGUU